ACCAGUGCCACGUCCACCCACGCGUUGUUACCACGCUGAAGCAAAGAAUCCGCUGCGGGAAAUUCCCCAAUUCCUUCCACCUGCAACGCGCGAUCAUCGAUGGCAUAAAUUCUCCAUAUUUCUCAAUUCGAAUAUCCAUCCCCUUCUUCUCGAUAUGGACUCCGCCUCGCCUAACUUCCCUGCCGUCAAAGAUCGCCGCACUGAUGCGCUCGGCGAUCUGCGCGUUAUUCCCGACGAAAUUCUAUGUAUUAUAUUGACUAGGCUCGCGCCGCACGAUGUUGGCCGCCUCUCCUGCGUCAGCAGCGUGAUGUACAUACUGUGCAAUGAGGAGCCUCUCUGGAUGAGCCUAUGCCUUCGCAUUGCAAAUCAUGAGAUUGAGUACAAAGGCUCAUGGAAGAAAACAGCCUUGGAUCAACUAAAUUUGCUACACAAAUAUAAUGAAGCUCCCAGAAGAACUUUGCAGUUUGAUGGAUUCAGUUCGUUGUUUCUCUAUAGAAGAUUGUACAGAUGUCAUACUUCAUUAAAUGGAUUCUCGUUUGAUGAUGGAAAUGUGGAGCGAAAGGAGAACAUCUCCUUUGAAGAGUUUCAUAUGGAGUAUGAUUGUCAAAAACCGGUCAUGAUAAGUGGAUUGGCUGAUAAUUGGCCCGCAAGAAAGUCAUGGACAAGUGAGGAACUUUUAUUGAAGUAUCCAGAAACUAAGUUCAGAAUAUCACAGAGAAGUUCAAAGAAAGUCAGUAUGAAAUUUAAGGAUUAUGUUUCUUACACGCAAGUCCAACAUGAUGAGGAUCCUCUUUACAUUUUUUCUGAUGAGUUUGGGGAAGUCGCACCAGAUUUGUUGAAGGAUUAUAGUGUGCCACAUAUAUUUAAAGAAGAUUACUUUGAUGUGCUGGAUACUGAUCAGCGACCGUCUUACAGAUGGCUUAUAAUUGGACCUGAAAGAUCUGGGGCAUCUUGGCAUGUUGAUCCAGGUCUGACUAGCGCAUGGAAUACCCUCCUUUGUGGCCGAAAAAGGUGGGCAUUGUAUCCACCAGGAAGAGUUCCUUUAGGAGUGACAAUGCAUGUAAAUGAGAAUGACGGUGAUGUUGAUAUCGAGAGUCCAUCUUCUUUGCAGUGGUGGCUGGAUUUCUAUCCCCUGCUUGCUGAUGCUGACAAGCCAAUAGAGUGCACCCAACUUCCGGGGGAGACAAUAUAUGUCCCAAGUGGUUGGUGGCACUGUGUGCUAAAUUUGGAGACAACUAUUGCAGUCACGCAAAAUUUUGUUAACUCCAAAAACUUUGAAUUUGUUUGCUUGGACAUGGCUCCUGGUUACCGUCAUAAAGGCGUCUGCCGUGCAGGGUUGCUUGCUCUUGAUGACAGCAGCUUUGUAGAUGAUGAAAAUAAUUCCAUGUGCACUGAAAAUGGCUCAAGCCACUUUAAUCUCGACAGGAGAGAGAAGAGGCUAAGGAUAGAGGAGGGGUGCUCUGAGAAUUGUACAAAUGGAAAAUCUCUGACUGAUGGAUGUGGUGGUGCUUUAGAAUACUCUUAUGACAUAAGUUUUUUGAGUAAGUUUCUAGAUCAUGAGAGGGAUCACUACAAUUCUCUGUGGAGCUCUGGAAACUGCAUAGGGCAGCGAGAAAUGCGAGAUUGGUUAUGGAAGCUCUGGGUCCAAAAGCCAGGAAUUAGAGACCUAAUAUGGAAGGGAGCCUGUCUUGCGUUAAAUGCUGGGAUAUGGUAUGAACGUGUGGGAGCCAUUUGCAACUUUCUUGAAUUCCCAGGACCUUCACUUGAUGAGAAACUUCCUGUCGGCACAGGCAGCAAUCCUGUGUAUCUUAUCGACGACUAUGUGAUAAAAAUAUUUGUUGAAGGAGGUCUGGAAGCUUCUCUUUAUUGUUUAGGCACUGAGCUUGAAUUCUAUAAUAUUGUACAUAAAUUGGACUCCUCUUUGAAGACUUACAUUCCGUCUGUAUUAGCAAGUGGGAUUCUUCUUUCUGAAAAUGGGUCAUAUAAAGUAUUGCCCUGGGAUGGUAGAGGCAUACCUGAGCUAAUUGGCAGCAGCAGUGUCUCAUCAAUAAAGCAUAAAGAAGUCGAUUAUCCAUUUGGUCUCGUGGCCAAAAAGAAUUUUGAAUAUCUAAAUGCAGGAAAGCCGUUGAAUGAGUCAGAAAAUUGUGUUAAACCCUCUUCAGCGUGGCCCUAUAUUGUGACAAGAAGGUGCAAGGGGAAUAUAUUUGCUGAACUGAGAGAUACACUCUCAUCAGAAGAUGAGCUCAACCUGGCUUCCUUCUUAGGCAAGCAGCUGCAUGAUCUCCACCUGUUACCUGUGCCCCGUCCAUCUUGUAAUAUCUCAGUUCCUGUGAUCGGAGAAGAUUAUAUUCAGCCGUUACAUUGUAGUGGGUUUUCAGAAAAUGUUACAGAUAGGAUUGGCCAUCCAGCCGAUUUGGAGUUAUUUAUCAGCAUCUUAAAUAGAAAAAGGAAAGAUGUUGGGAAGCGCUUGGCUCAGUGGGGUCAUCCGAUACCUAGUAACCUCAUAGAGAAAGUUGACGACUACAUCCCUCGUGACUUGAAUAUAUUAUUUGAUGAAUUGGAGCAUAAGCCAGAAUGCCGAUCUUACACCUGGAUACACUCUGAUAUUAUGGACGAUAAUAUCUACAUGAUGCCUUACUCAGAUUCUAUGUUAGAGGAAAAUCUUUCUGAGCCUUGUGUUGAAGAGGGUGGCAUUAAAAGAACUAACAACAGCAAUAUACAUAAGCUUUCCUGGGUUCCAAGCUACAUCCUUGAUUUUAGUAAUUUGUCAGCUGGCGAACCCAUACUUGACCUGAUUCCAGUAUACCUUGAUAUUUUCCGUGGAGAUCCCCGUCUCCUGAAACAGUUCCUCAGUAGUUAUAAUCUCCCAUUUGUGAGGCAAAAGUCCCUGUCAGAGAGAGUAGACUGCAACAGAUUCAAUCGGCUAUCUUAUCGAGCAAUGUGCUAUUGUAUUUUGCAUGAUGACAAUGUCUUGGGAGCUAUUUUCGGCAUCUGGAGAGAAUUAAGGUCAGCAACAUCAUGGGAGGAGGUUGAGGAGAAAGUUUGGGGUUAUUUAAACACUUAUAUUUAAUCAUUCUCAUUUUGUUCAUUUUUUCUCGCCUUUAUUUAUUUAUUGAUAUAUUAGUACUAGAUUGAUUCAGUGUAUUUCCAACAAUCAGUGUGUAAUACUAAUACCCCAAUUCCGAUAUUAAUGAGACUUGCUUUCAUACUA